AUGAUGAUUAUUAUUAUAAGGACAGAUGAUGUGCAGGUGAAGAUGAGGGUCAUGAGAGUCACAGACAGACUCCAGAUGAUGUUCAUGUGCUUCAAGCGCCCAAAACAACAGCUGUAUGAAAGCCUCCUCUCGCCCCUCACUGAUGCUGAUUUCAUUCAAGUCUCUUUCAGACUGUUUUCUGAACACACAGAGGACGCGUUCAGGCUUUGAUCAACUUUUACACUUCAAAUAUCCAUCAAAUUUACACGCGGCUUUUCCCCGUGGCUGAUGCUCGCCUCGGAUUUGAUCUGACGGAGGCAAAACAAACAUUUCCUCUUGCCGUAUUUUAGUCUCUAAUGAAAGCUCAGAACCUCUGCUUGCUGUUCACCUUGUUUUGACUGUGACAAACUAUUUUCCCGCUCCAGUUUUGCUCCAAAUGUAAGAGAAGAAAACACAAGCGUGAGCGGCUCGUGGACGCGCACAGACACGGAGCGGGCAGGUUGAGUCUACGAGGUUCUCAUGUGUUGUUUAAGAGCGCAGCGCCGCUCGAGCGCUAUUCAUUGCUGAAAGCAGACAGCGUUUGAAACACUUGAUCCGAUCAGAGAGAGAUGGCAGAAACCGCCCCAGCCCCGGCUGCUGCCGCCCCGGCCAAAGCGCCCAAGAAGAAGUCAGCUGCGAAAGCCAAGAAAGCAGGUCCAGGCGUCGGUGAGCUCAUCGUCAAAGCUGUGAGCGCCUCCAAGGAGAGGAGCGGCGUGUCCCUCGCCGCCCUGAAGAAAGCUCUCGCGGCCAACGGCUACGACGUGGAGAAGAACAACUCCCGCGUCAAGAUCGCCAUCAAGAGCUUGGUGACUAAAGGCACUCUGGUGCAGGUCAAAGGGACCGGCGCCUCGGGCUCAUUCAAGCUCAACAAGCAGCAAGCCGAGACCAAGAAGAAGCCGGCCAAGAAAGCGGCUCCUAAAGCGAAGAAGCCCGCGGCCAAGAAACCCGCUGCUGCCAAGAAGCCCAAGAGCGCCGCGGCAAAGAAGCCCGCCGCUAAGAAAUCGCCCAAGAAGGCCAAGAAACCCGCCGCCACAGCCGCUAAGAAGGCGACGAAGAGCCCCAAGAAGGCAAAGAAGCCAGCAGCCGCUAAGAAAGCAGCCAAGAGCCCCAAAAAGGCCAAGGCGGCUAAACCUAAGGCGGCAAAGCCUAAAGCCGCCAAGCCCAAAAAGGCAGCUCCCAAAAAGAAGUAAAAAUCUGUUUGUUCCUCAACGGCUCUUUUAAGAGCCACCCACUAACUCUGAGUAAAGAGCAGAACUGUGUAUGUUAAUGAUUUCUGUUUAAUUUGAAAGGAAGAAGUGAAGAUGAGACCUUUGAGCACUAAAACUCAUGCAAUCUGAAUAAUAUAAAAUAGCUAAAAUAAUUGAGUUUUGAAUAUUCAUGUUUAGUAAACAAUUUGUAUGCAUAUAAAAAUUAAUCAAAAAUGGCCAUAAAACUAAUGA